GAGGGCCUUCGCGUCAGAGCCGUAAUGUCGUCAGAUUCAUGUAAUGUCGAAAUAUCGGCAUUGAAAACAGCGCUGUCGCGGUUGCCGUUUGGCGUCCAUGAUAAGUGAUGCUACUGCAGAGGAUUCCGGAGCGCGAGCUCGGAACGCAGCGGGAGAGAAGUAACCACUCCCCCUCUUCUCCUCUUUACUUCAAGUAACGGCAGGUUGUGCCGGUGGAGUAAGCCGCAGCCCAACAUGAUCCCCUCCGAUUGAUGCGCAAACACGUCAAGUGUUUUGCCAAGCAGCUGAUCGCUUUCAUCAGUUAAAGCCAUGCCUGACGAGUAAAUAUCCCUACUUGCUCAAGGCAAUAAAACAUAAAAAAAACAGCCCCCUACAUGUCUCUGCAAGUAGACUCCCUCUUGUUCGUCCUGCUGGAGUAAAUCCCCCCUUCCAGAUAGGCUCUACUGCCCUCUCUCCGCACCGCCCCACUACUGCCUCUCCACAUCCACCUGUCACAAUGCCGCUCCACCUCAGAAUGGUCAACACCUAAAGAUUCCCAUGCGUCCAGUGAGCGACGGUCCUGCUCCUGUAAGCUUCUCACGCUUCCACCCCCCAGUUGGCCCCCUGCCCACCUCUGAGAUGUCCCUGCUCCACUCGCUGGGCCCAGUGCAGAGCUGGCUGGGCCAGGAGCUGGAGAAGUGCGGGAUUGAUGCCAUGAUCUACACCCGCUACGUCCUCAGCCUGCUCCUGCACGACAGUUACGACCUGCAGGAUCAGGAAAAUGACAUCUUGGGCUGGGAGAAGGGAACUGGGAAGAAAUGGGGCAAGAGUAAGAAGAAAGGAGGAGGGACGGACCUAAGUCUGGAGGAGAUAAAGAAGCAAGCCGCUGUGCAAUGUCUGCGUUCAGCAUCUGAUGAAAACUCUGGAAUUGAGAGCCUGGUCGAGGAGCUUUGCUCCAAACUCAAGGACAUCCAAAACAAACAGAAAGAAGAAAAACCGCUCAACAAAUCUUAUGGAUCUCAGUCUCCUGAACAAGUUGAGUCAUCUUCCUCAAAGGACCAGGUGGAAAUGUAUUAUGAAGCCUUUCCUCCUUUGUCAGAGGGAUCUGUUUGUCUCCAAGAGAUCAUGACGGUGUGGAACAAAGCUAAAGCCAGCGCUUACUCUGGCUCAUCAUCCUCUGCAGCCCCGCAGACCAGCACUGACACCUCCUCCCCAAAAGAUUGCAACAGCGAUGGUGAAGCUGCUAAUGAGAGAACCCCUGAGGCAUGCAGCACUACCACUAACCCAACCAGCGAGAGAGCCCAACAGCGACGCAGCAAGAAGGAGAAAGAGAACCGAUACCAUGGUGGCGCAACAGCGGAGGAACGAGCUGCCGUUCACAGCAAGAGGCAGGCGAGGCACAGGUCAGAGUGCAAGUAUCGUCCUCGCUCCUGGUCCUCUGGCUCUAGCGAGGCUGGCUCGAGCUCCAGCGGGAACCCAGGCGAUUCCAAAAUCUCCAGCAGGAAAGCAGUCAGAAUCAGGCACAAGUCCAAGGAGGCGGGCAGCAGGAGUAAGUGGGGGCGCAACAGAGGACAAGUGAAACUGGCUUUGCAGGCCAUUGACAAAGAGGGGCGCAGGAACGCUGGAGGCGGCGGCAGCAGCAGCAGUACCACUGGAGGCUCUGCAAGGCAAACACAGCUCUACAAAAAGGGGAACAGGCCGCUGAAGGAGAUUCGAAAAUAUCCAGGUUGGGGGGACGCAAAGGAGUCCGGAGCUGAGGCCAGCAACAAAAAGGAGUACAUGGAAGAGCCCCUGUGGUACACAGAGCCCAUCACAGAGUAUUUUGUACCUUUCAGUAGCAGAAAGAGCAAACUGGAAACAAAGUACCGGAGUAAGGUGGACUCUCCAGACGACUCGACUAUGUCUGCUAACUUUGAAAGGCUGUCUGAGAGAAUGCAAGGCAUCUACAUUGCCAACGCAAGCUUCCAGAGGGCGUAUCUGGCAGCGGGAACCUUUGUGGAUGGGCACUUUGUUGAGGUGCCAGGCGACUCAAAUGAGGCUAACGACCUCAAUGGGACCUCAAGCUUCCCUCCGCCUGAGGAUAGUAGAGAUUUAGAUGAUGACCAUCUGUCUGAAUUCACUCACUUCUAUGAAGUCGAUAUUUAUCAAUCCAUAUUGGAUCCUAGUGCCUCAGACUCAGUACAAGAGAGUCGGAUCUUGAGCAUGAUUCGACAGAAGAGCGAAGAACAAAGAGACUUUGAGACAGAAUGUUGUUUAGUGUUAGAUGGCCUUGAGCUGCAAGGGGAAAGUGCAAUAAGGGUGGACUGUCAGGAAACUUUGGCAGCUGAUGGGUUCUUCAUGCAGGAUUUGGAAAACAUGGCUCAGAUCUGGGGAUGUUAUUCAUCCUCUAGCUCUGAAGAUAAAGAUGGAGAAAGCUUUGUAGGGGACUCACCCGUUAUGCUCUCCCCCGCUUUGGACGGUGUUACAUUCACCAUCAGCACUCUGCCUGGAAACCUGGAGGAGCCUCAUCUCCCAGAAGCCACGAGCGAAGCGUCUGGUCUGAACAACUCCUGCUUCUCUCUUUUUGAGCUCCAGUACGAUAGCCCCACUCUUUCUUUUCCCUGCGACUCACUCACCGUUGGUCAAGAAAACAACACAGAUUCAAGUAGCUGUCUAGAACCACAUUGUAACAAGCAGUCUCGUUUGCUAAUUUGGACCAAAAAUAGUGCCUUCGAUGAAACUGAACAUUGUUCAAACCUUUCAACCCGAACCUGCAGUCCAUGGUCACAUUCGGAAGAGACGCGUUCAGACAAUGAGCAAAUAAAUGUUCAUACAGAGUCCGCUCUAAUUGGCAAUGAAGAGAUUAAUUGUAUAAUCCUCCCCAUCUCUGGUACAUACCUAGAGGAAGAAAUCCUGGACUUUUUACAAGAAGACACCGGUCGUCAGUGCGAUGAGGCCAAUGUUGACACAGUGUCCAAUCCGACCUUCGCAAAGAAAUCUAAAUUGGAGUCCAUUUGUGGGAUAGCGUUAGAACAGUAUGAUGCUGGCAUGUUUUCGCAUGACACAAACCAACAGUGUGACAACUACAGCUCAGGGAUAAUAAAGGACAUUUGGACAGCUAUCGGAGAUGGAGAUCCUGAACUAUCACUAGGAGGAGAGAAGCCAGGCGAGGGCUUGUUCUCCAAAGAGUCGAGCAGCUACCACUGCGGUUGUCUUGACGUGCAGGUAAAGGAAGUUGGUCCCAUCCAGGGGCCUCUGAAGAAGGCAGUGCAGCACUCUGAGUACCACCUGUGGGAAGGCAAGAAUGAAGAGCAGGCCCUCCUGGCCAAAAACAAACUCUCGAAGAUUAAUGCUUCCGGGGAUUACAUGACGCCGUCCAAGCCCUGGGACGUGAACCCUGAGAAGGACAACACAUCGUUCAUCCUGGGAGGAGUGUACGGAGAGCUAAAGACAUUCAGUGGUGAUCAGGACUGGGCUGUGGUGCCGCCUGGCGACGCGAGAGGCAGCUUGCUACAGUGUGCCGCUGCUGCCGCCUCUGCCUCAGACGUGGUCACCAUUGCUGGUACAGACGUGUUCAUGAAUACGGGCAGCUGCUUUGCCCCUGGCCAUAAGCCCUUCUGGAGGCCCCUGGUCUCCUUCGGGCAGAGCGACCAGGCUACUAAAGGAGGUGGGGAAGGUUUGAAUAAGGGAUUUUCUUUAAUCUUCCAUGAAGAUUUACUCGGAUCCUGUGCAGGCUUCCAAGGCGAGGAGCCAGGACUCGACAACCCGUUUGCGUCCUUCGAUCUGAACAAUCAGUUCUCUCAAGUCCUCCACGUAGAAUGCUCCUUCGAGCCUGAGGACAUGGCUUCGUUCAGCCCGGGGUUCAAGCCCAAGUCUAUAUUGUGCUCGGACUCUGAGAAAGACGCUUUCCAACCACGGCUAUACGGCAUCAACCAGACCACCCAGUACAGGGCCAUCCGCAUCUCCCCCAGGACUCACUUCCGACCCAUAUCCGCCUCAGAGCUGUCGCCCGGUGGAGGGAGUGAGUCGGAGGCUGAUUCUGAGAAAGAAGAGGAGAAGAGUGUUCCAUUCCUGGCCCUGCCAGAUGUCUUCGAUGACCCUCAGGCAGACCUGAAACCGCUAGAGGAGGACGCAGAAAACGAGGGCCCCUGCUACGGGAAGUCAGAACUGGAAUCUGGUAAGUUCCUGCCCAGAUUGAAGAAGUCUGGCAUGGAGAAGAGUGCCCAGACCUCACUGGAUUCUCAGGAGGGCUCUAGCACCCUUCUGCCAAUCGCUGAGCAAGAGAUUUGCUUAGACUGCGAAAUGGCAGCCGCAGCAGGAGCAGCAACAUUGAUGGCAAGUGGACGGAUGGACGUCCCAGUCAAUCAGAUUCAGAAGGAAGAAUCUUGCAGAGAGAAGGAAGCCUGCAAAUGUGCAGCGGCUGGUCAGUGUCCCACAUAUGGGAAAACCUAUGACUUCAUUGAAGAUUUGCAUGAGUUCCCUCUAUUAAAUAUUAGUGGACAGGGAGGAACUGGCAGCCAGCAAGAUGAGUGCUGGUGGCAGAACACACUCUGUUCCCCCCUUUUCCCCGGAUCUCAGUGUACAGGGAGCAGCAACAUCUGAUAACUAGCUCUGUGGAGUGUAAGCCUGUUGUCGAGAGGAUAUAACCUCUUCUCGUUUGACUGCACCUCUACUAGCAGAUAUAGGGGAGACCUCAGGACCGGGAAACCAAAGGCUUCUGGACAGAGGAACCCCUCACCACAUCCCAACCCUGCUGAUUUUCAUUUACUAACUUGAAUCGUAUGUAAUCAACAACCACAACAAAAGAGUGAAAAUAUGAAAAAAAAAAAAAAAAUGUUCUACUUGUCUUUGUGAUGCAAUAUCUGAAUACAUGCAUACAUAGAUUUGCUUUAGUUGAUUUUUCCAGACAUUAAUAAUCUUCAUUAGUCACAGUUAGAUAUAAGGGACUAUCUUGUUUUUCCUUCCAUCGGUUUUUCCAGCUUUCUUUUUGCUUUUAAACUAGGAUACUGGUAGUUGUGGUGUCCAAAUGGUUGUGCCUGUCCUACUAGUCUCAUUCCUUCUUUACUAGUGUAACUGCUACAAUUUCCAUGAAUUGACUGUGAUGUCGCUCUUCAUAACGUUGUGUGAAAGCACCGCGAUAGCAUCCUUUUUUUUCUUCUCCACCCCUAUCAUUCAGAAAGUGAAGGAAGAAUGUGGCGAUUUUUGAGUUGUGCAAUAAUAGUUUAUUUUGGUAGCAUGGGUGCCUUUCUGAAUGUGGAAAGAGAAAGAACGUGUGCAUCUUUCCUCUGAAAAAUCUGUAUCAAAGAUCCCCCCCAGAAGUGUGCAAAGUUGCUCUAAAUUAGUAUGAUUUAGAAGGGUGGUUGUCAGUUUUUCAGAACCUUAGUAAUAGACAUAGGUAGUAUGGUUUGAGGCAAAAAAAAAAGUACAAAACUUCCAAAAAAAGAAAAAUAUUUCAAAACUGAUGUUCAAUGCAGCAAGAAAAAAAAGCACGUUUUGAGUUCAAUUUGGGGAGUAAUGGCUCUUUGCAAAAAUAUUUAAAUGACAGUCAUCCUCUAGAGGCACCGAUUUGGUGCAAUCAAAAUCAACUCCAUAGUACAAACAAUUGGUGCUAUGAAUUACUGUUGCAAUAUCGAUAUUGUGGCCGUGAUCUGUAGAUCCUGUAGUUUUGUUUGUUGAGGCAGAGUGGAAGGAUAUUUUGGAGAGAAAAAAAGAAAAGCAAAAUAAUUGACUGCUGAUGGUUCUCACUUUAUGUGGGCUUGGUUUUUAUUUUAUGAACUAGUAAGUUUUUAUUUUAACUAGUAAGUUAACUGGCCUGUAAUAACAAUUCAAGUAAAUAGUUACAGGUAUUUGAUUUAAAUAUUGUUAUCAGGUGGCAACAAAUUCAGACUGUAUUACAAGAAUAUAGUAUCACUAUGCUCAUUGGACUGUAAGGUCUACAGCAGAAGCAGGAUAUUAAAGGCAAUAAAUAAAAAAUGUAUGCUGACACUACUUAACUGAAAAGUGUAAUAUAAAACAGAGGAAAAGGUGAUCAACCAAAAAUUACAUCAUUCCACCGAAGUACGAAAAUAUUACAUUUUUAUUUAGAGGGGUGUUUUACUUUCAUUUUUGGUAUACAGUAGCCAGUAUACAAAAAUGUCUCACUUUUUUUAUGUGUGCGUACGUGUGUGUCUGCAUUGAACACGUACAGACAUUGGUUCAAAAUGACAUUGUGUGCUAGAUCUUUACCAAGAGAAAUGCAAAAUAUAUUUGUGCCCCAAACCCUCUAAGUGCAAGUGCACAAACUAAGUUUAAUUUGAGGCCCUAAGAUGUUGGAUUGAUUGUUUUUGUGGCCUGUGCAUUGACUAUUAAAUCACAUCUUUAGACUAAAUGCGUUGUGCAUAUCUUUAUAUCCCUGCAGGGGGUUAUUUCAGGUUGUUGUUUCCCUCCUUCCCUUUCAAAAUAUUAGUCCAUAUACCAUUUUUGGGGGGGCAAGAACUGGUUGAAUAUUUUCGCCCUCAGAAGACUUGGAAAUUGAAGCACAGGCAACAAAUGUUUGUUACCAUGCCCCCAUGUACUCUUGUGAUGCAUUCGUUGCGCAGUCCAAAAUAUGUCUGCCAACAACAUGGGCACAAACGGGUUUAAAUGCACUGUCACAAGGCACAGUGUGAGCACUGUCAUUGAUCCUAGGUUUUUACUAUUCAUAGACCUCUUAAUGGACAGUGGUAUCUUGAGUUGGUUUGGCAAAGUCAAUAGCAAACUGUUUCAAUUUGCCAGGGCCUCAGUGUCUGCCCCAUACUUUAUUGUAUGUUCUUCACUUGUGUUAAACCGAUCGAAACGUGAAUGAAAGACUGCUCAGAAUUUCUGGCUGCUUUCAAUUCUUUAUUUUAUUUAGACAGUUGUCAGUCACUCAGGAAUACUUAAAUACUAAACAUUUGUUUUUAAAGUAGGUGGAAAACAAGUAUGUGGCAGUGCAUCAGUACUUUCAUUCAAGCAUUAAUUUAGUACUGAAACUUUACUUGAGCAAAAAAUUGACAUGUGUUUAUUAAUCCCAAGAUUUGUACAGUUAAUUGUACAGCACUUAGUUUUAGAGCUAACUUUUGAAGCUGGCCGAGCAAUUUGAGAUUGCAUAAGUAAUGUGAGGAUGACCUUUUCAUGGCCCUCGGUCAUAUGCAAUAUCUUGGUGCAUGUAAACUUAAACAUUUAAGCGUAUGUGGGGGAAAUUCACUUAAUUUAGCAUGAAAAGUUAUUUUUGAGUGAGGGAGAGCUGAACAAAUAAAGACCCAACCGUUAUGGAGUGUCUUUCAAAUAAAAGCAGCAUGCCAACAUCACACCAUCUCUUUAAGUUGAAUAAAUAAAACAGGUUCUAAUUAUAUAAAAUAAGUACAGGUGAGGUUAAAGAAGUGAUAAUAAAAAUAGAAAAAUGGUGAGUGUGGAUAUGAGACUGAGUCACAAAGCACUUAAAUAGAUGCAUUUCCUUCAAACUCCCAUGUAUUUUCCUUUUUAUGUUCUUCCAUGGUAAGUUUUGUUUAUAUAUUGAGAAGAAAAAAGUUUGGUGAGAAAAUGCAUCAAGUGAGAGUAUGCAUUUGAAACUACAUUGAAAAGGUUUAACAAAUUGAGUUUUGAUUGUACUGUGGUCUGAAGAACAGCAUAUCCAGCACUGAAAACCAGUUUUCCUUGUCUCUUCAUUUCCACUAGAUGACACCCUCCCAUCCCAGCUCAUCCCAUACCUUACUCCCUCAUCCUUCUCCCAACUGUGUCAAGUGGUUGUAUUGUUUUAAUUUCAUGUACACCCCGAGUAAAUUAUUUUUUUCAUUGGAGUUUUUUUUAACAUCUAAUAAAGGUAUAAACCAAAUCACCUCA